GAAGCGGAAGAUUCGAAUCAUUCAGAGAAGUUCUUUUUUUCGAACGCAAAGAUUUUUUAGUUGCAUGCGAUGAAUGAAAUGCUAACUGAGGUAAACGCAAUCUUGAUGAUGAACAAAUCCAAAUUAUACAACUCAAGCUUCAAUAAUUCACCCCCGAGGCUAUUCCUCAGGUCGGACUGCUUUGGACUUGGUUCUUUCAUACCUGCGUUCGAUUUGCAUGCUGAAAUCGGUGACUUGAUACAAAUAGAUCGUGUUUUAUAUUCGGACUGGGCCCUCUAUGUGGGCAAUGGCAACGUCGUCCACGUAUCCGGCGUCGACAUGGACAACAAUGAAAUCCCGUCGGACACUGCCGAAGUCCGGUUGUCCAGCUUAGUCGAUGUGGCCGGAAUGAGUGGUGUUCGUGUGAACAAUAAAAUUGUCGGCGCAAAAGAAAGAGGACUCGAUGCUUUCCCGGCCGACGAUGUGGUCGAAAAAGCUUACUCCUAUCUGGACAAAGAAGUUGACUUUAAUAUGCUGACGCGGAAUAGUGAACACUAUGUGACCGAAUGGAAAUAUGGCGAAGGCUGGAGCGACCAGGCAGCUGUCACGAUGAGCGUCAUGAAAACUCUCACAGACGAUAUCACAGUAGGUCAUAAUGUCCUGGUGUCCGGACUGAACGCCGUCCUUCAUUCUCCCGGAUCCCCAGCCGGACGCUCCACGCCGCAUUUUUCAUCCAGUCCUGAGAACGAUGACAAGAACUGAGAUGUGAAGGACUAUUUUUUGGUUUUUGUGAUUAAGAUUCGUCACACACGUUGAACUCUUUCAUUACUACGAGGGUGCCAUCGCAAAUGCAUUUAAACGCCCAAUGUGAUACAUUUUUGUGGUCUGAUUAAUUUAUAUGAGUUACAAGAUGUGUAUCGUAAUGUGAUAUAAAAUUUGUUGAUGUUUGUUGUUAAUUAAAAAUGAGCUUCGGAAAAGAAUAUCCCGGUGUAUUUAAUUCGAGUGUCUGGUGAACAGUGUUAGAAAUAAGCAAUCGUUAGUAUUUUGCGACCAAAAAUUGAAUCUUGCAACUCAUUAA